GCUGAGGAGGGGGCUCACCGCCGCGCCCGCCGCCGCUGAGGAGGAAGAAGAGGCGAGGCACCAUUUGCUGCUCCCUGCCCCAGCCAUGGAGAACGCGCACACAAAGACUGUGGAGGAAGUUUUGGCUUAUUUCGGCGUCAACGAAAGCACCGGGCUCAGCCUGGAGCAAGUCAAGAAGCUGAAGGAGAAAUGGGGCUCCAACGAGUUACCGGCUGAGGAAGGAAAAACCUUACUCGAGCUUGUGAUUGAACAAUUUGAAGACUUACUAGUUAGAAUUUUGUUGCUGGCAGCUUGCAUAUCUUUUGUCCUGGCCUGGUUUGAAGAAGGUGAAGAAACAAUCACAGCAUUUGUAGAGCCUUUUGUAAUCUUACUUAUAUUAGUAGCCAAUGCAAUUGUGGGAGUGUGGCAGGAAAGAAAUGCUGAAAAUGCUAUUGAAGCUCUUAAAGAGUAUGAACCAGAAAUGGGCAAAGUGUAUCGACAAGACCGAAAAAGUGUACAGAGGAUUAAAGCAAGAGACAUUGUCCCAGGUGAUAUUGUAGAAGUGGCAGUUGGAGACAAGGUUCCUGCUGAUAUAAGAAUUACUUCUAUCAAAUCUACAACUCUAAGGGUAGACCAGUCAAUUCUCACAGGUGAAUCUGUGUCUGUUAUUAAGCACACUGACCCGGUGCCUGAUCCUCGUGCUGUAAACCAAGACAAGAAGAACAUGCUUUUUUCUGGUACUAAUAUUGCUGCUGGUAAAGCUAUGGGAGUGGUUAUUGCAACAGGAGUAAACACUGAAAUUGGCAAAAUUCGUGAUGAGAUGGUGGCUACUGAACAAGAGAGAACCCCGCUCCAACAGAAACUGGAUGAGUUUGGAGAGCAGCUGUCUAAAGUCAUCUCUCUUAUCUGCAUCGCUGUUUGGAUAAUAAACAUUGGUCACUUCAAUGAUCCGGUUCAUGGUGGCUCCUGGAUUCGAGGUGCUAUCUAUUACUUUAAAAUUGCUGUUGCUCUUGCUGUUGCUGCUAUUCCUGAGGGUCUGCCUGCUGUCAUUACCACCUGCUUGGCUCUUGGAACCCGGAGAAUGGCCAAGAAGAACGCUAUUGUUAGAAGUCUUCCCUCUGUGGAAACCUUGGGUUGCACCUCGGUUAUUUGUUCUGACAAGACUGGUACUCUGACCACGAAUCAGAUGUCAGUCUGCAGGAUGUUUGUCCUGGACAGAGUAGAAGGAGAUAGCUGUUCUCUGAAUGAAUUUACUGUAACUGGCUCAACAUAUGCUCCCAUGGGAGAAGUGCAUAAAGAUGACAAACUUAUUAAAUGUAGCCAGUAUGAUGGCCUUGUGGAACUGGCAACCAUCUGUGCGCUCUGUAAUGAUUCCUCUUUGGAUUACAAUGAAGCUAAGGGAGUGUAUGAAAAAGUUGGUGAAGCCACAGAAACGGCGCUUACCUGUCUGGUGGAAAAGAUGAAUGUGUUUGACACAGACUUGAAUGGACUUUCUAGAAUUGAACGUGCAAACGCUUGCAACUCGGUGAUAAAACAACUCAUGAAGAAAGAAUUCACUCUGGAAUUCUCAAGAGACAGGAAGUCUAUGUCUGUCUAUUGUACACCGAACAAACCAAGCCGCACAUCCAUGAGUAAGAUGUUUGUUAAGGGUGCUCCUGAAGGUGUAAUUGACAGAUGUACGCAUGUCCGUGUUGGAAAUGCCAAAAUACCAUUAACCUUAGGAAUUAAGCAGAAAAUAAUGUCUGUCAUUAGAGAAUGGGGAACUGGUAGAGACACACUGCGUUGCUUGGCUCUGGCAACCCAUGACAAUCCACCCAGAAAAGAGGAAAUGAAUCUUGAGGACUCCUCAAAUUUCAUUAACUAUGAGACCAACUUGACCUUUGUUGGCUGUGUGGGUAUGCUGGAUCCCCCAAGAAUUGAAGUAGCUUCAUCUAUAAAGCUGUGCAAACAAGCUGGUAUUAGAGUUAUUAUGAUUACUGGUGAUAAUAAAGGCACAGCAGUAGCUAUUUGCCGUCGCAUCGGUAUCUUUGUGGAAGAUGAAGAUGUUUCUACAAAAGCCUUUACUGGUCGUGAAUUUGAUGAACUCUCACUUGCUGCCCAAAGAGAUGCUUGUCACCAUGCCCGUUGCUUUGCUCGUGUAGAGCCUUCCCACAAAUCUAAAAUUGUUGAGUUUCUUCAGUCUUUUGAUGAGAUUACAGCUAUGACUGGUGAUGGUGUUAAUGAUGCCCCUGCCUUGAAGAAAGCAGAAAUUGGAAUUGCUAUGGGUUCUGGUACUGCAGUGGCUAAAACAGCUUCUGAAAUGGUUUUAGCAGAUGAUAAUUUCUCAACUAUCGUAGCUGCUGUGGAAGAAGGACGUGCAAUUUAUAACAACAUGAAACAGUUCAUUCGUUACUUGAUCUCCUCCAAUGUUGGAGAAGUUGUUUGUAUCUUCUUGACUGCUGCCCUGGGUUUUCCUGAAGCUCUAAUUCCUGUCCAACUGUUAUGGGUAAACCUUGUGACGGAUGGUCUCCCUGCUACUGCUCUGGGCUUUAAUCCUCCUGAUCUUGAUAUCAUGAAUAAGCCACCACGCAACCCUAAAGAGCCGCUGAUCAGUGGAUGGCUCUUCUUCCGUUACCUAGCUAUUGGAUGUUAUGUUGGUGCUGCCACAGUGGGUGCUGCUGCUUGGUGGUUUAUCGCUGCUGAUGGUGGUCCAAGGGUUACCUUUUAUCAGCUGAGCCAUUUUCUGCAGUGCAAAGAGGACAAUCCAGACUUCUCUGGUGUUGACUGUGUGGUUUUUGAGUCUCCAUAUCCAAUGACAAUGGCUCUUUCUGUACUUGUCACCAUAGAGAUGUGCAAUGCUCUCAACAGUCUGUCAGAAAAUCAAUCCUUGAUGAGGAUGCCCCCGUGGGAAAAUAUCUGGCUGGUGGGCGCUAUUUGCUUGUCCAUGUCACUCCACUUCCUUAUCCUUUAUGUGGAACCGCUGCCAAUUAUCUUCCAGAUCACACCUUUGAAUGUGACGCAAUGGCUGAUGGUAUUGAAAAUCUCACUACCUGUCAUUCUGCUGGAUGAAACGCUUAAAUAUGUGGCCCGUAACUACCUGGAACCUGGUAAAGAUAGUGUGCGGCCUGCCACCAAACCAUGUUCUUUGUCAGCAUGCACCGAAGGAGUUUCCUGGCCGUUUGUGUUCAUUACUAUGCCCUUGGUUAUCUGGCUUUACAGCACAGACACUAACUUUAGUGAUAUGUUCUGGUCUUGACUGACAUGGUGACAAGUUUUACAUUCAAAGAAAAAGUUUAACUUAAUUUUUUUAUUGUUUAGAGCAACUGUCUAUUUCUGCUGAAUUUUCACAUGAACAUAUUUGCCGGUGAUGGAGGUUUCAUAAUCUAGAUUUUGGUUUUUUGCUUUUUCUGACUUCAGUGGGGGCAAUAUAUUUCUCUUUUAUACACAGUUAAAGUGUCCAUUGACAUGUACAGAGAACUAACACUAUUUUAUGCAAAUAUUUUUUUGUAGAUGAAAAGCAUGUACAGUGUUCUGUUCAAUAGUCUAUUCAUCAUGUAAAAAAUAAAAUUUUUUUUGAGCCAGCGGACACUAUCAAACUAAAUUGGCAGCAGAUUUUAGGGAAUGAAUGUGUGUCGUCUAAAACUAAAAAAGCAUGUAACUGUUUGUCUUCUGCAUGAUCAUCCAAACUUAAUUUGUCAUAAAGUCAGGUUUUAUUCAUAAGCAGAACUUUCUGCACUGGGUAGAGAGUACUGCUACCUCGGUCAGGAUUUCCUCCCAGUUUCCCCUCCUCCUGUUCCCUCACUCUCGGUUCUUGACUGUCCUUGUUUACACCAGUUUCUGUAUGAGGUAUGCCUGAUCUUGCUUGUGCAGAAAAUACCAUUCCAGGUGCAGCCUGCUGGGGUUCUGCCAUACUCUCAACAUACAUAGGGUUGUUUUUUAAGAUUAUUUAUUUAAGUGUCUAUUGUAUUUUAUUGUAACAGACCUUAUUUUGCCAGUGUUGCCCAUUAUGCAGGGAUAGGGAGGGCUACUUCUCUCUGCUUAAAUCUAAAACAAGCCUUUUUAACAAACACCAUCUGUUUUUAAUUCCAAAAGAGGGUUUGAGUUGGGUUUUAAUACCUUAUUUACAUGUGUCAGAUCCUUUCUUUUUCUCCCCCCCCCUCCUCCCCUUCCCCCCCCGCUUUAAGGUCAAAACUUGUAACGAGACCUGGAAAAAUAACUUGCACUGCAUAGCUAGAAAUUGGAUUUCCUACACUUAGGGCACUAAUGAUCAGUUGUAUACAUGGAGUUACUCUGCUGGCCUGUUGUUAGCCUGACUUGAAGUAACAAGCUCGUGUGUGUGUUUUGUAAAAUCUGUAAAUAGCACAUGACCAAAUUGAACAUAUUGUAUAGAACUAUUUUUAUUUUAAUGUGGCACUAACCACCUUCAUUAUUACGGUAAAUGUUAAAGCAUGUUUUCAGAUUCAGUCCUGUAUCAACAACGUGUAAGUCAUUAACAGUCCUAACUGUGGUGUUUUUCUCCAAUGCCUUCCAACUUUCAUCGACUAAAGUGAGUAUUUCUCUUCCAUUUCACCAUGCCAGUGGUGACUUGCUGUAAAAUAGCAUAUGCUGUAUACAUGUUGAAGAAUAAAUAGUAAUUUCCUUCA